AUGGAGGACGACAAAACGACCGCGACGCCGCCCACGGAGUUUGUGUGGAAGCUGUACAUGAUGCUGGAGGAAGGGAACGACAACACGGUGUUCUGGACGCCCGAUGGCCGCUCGUUUGUCAUCUCCGACACAAUCGAGUUCUCCAAAACCACCUUACCCCGCCAUUUCCGACACAAGAACUUCUCGUCGUUUGUUCGCCAGCUCAACAAGUACGACUUCCACAAGGUCAAGAGCACCAACGACGACGGCGAGCCGGUUUACGGCGAAAACGGCUGGGAGUUCAAACACCCCAACUUUCUGCAAUUUGAUACCUCGGGAAUCGACUCCAUCCGCCGCAAGCUGCCGGAAAAACGCCGCGCCGAGGGCCCCUCGGGGUACCGCGAACUGGAGGACGAGCUGCACGACCUGAAACGUAAGCACGAGAGCCUGCAGAAGCACUUCACGUCGCUGUCCGAAGACUUCUCCAAUGCCAUAGGCAAGCUCUCGGGCCUGCAGGAAAGCCUUAAGAAGAAGGAGGAGACCAUGAACCACGUGUUUUCCAUGCUGGCGGAGUUUGAGUACCGAUUCGAGCGCCUCGGCAUGUCCCAGGACGACACGGCGUCGUUCGACCAUAUCAAGCGGCGCAGAACAGACCCUUCGGCGGCCGCACAAGCACAAGCACAAGCGCAAGCACAAGCACAAGCACAAGCACAAGCACAAGCACAAGCACAAGCCACAACCAACUACGACGACCAUAUGUGGCCCUCGACCACCCACACAUGGCUGCCAUUGCACCCUCCCCAGGUACGGCGGGACUCCAAUGGCAAGGCCCAUCCCGAUGGCCACGCCGACAACACGGCCGAGUCGACCGAAAUCCACCAGAAUGGCGAGGUGCAGAAAAUUCUCAUAGCGUCGGACGACUCAGACUGCGUCAAAAUCUGCUCGACGCUGCUGCAAAAGGCCGGCCAGGUCGUGGAGGUAAUUCCGGAUGGAGUAGACGCGGUGGAGUUUCUGCAAACAUCGGCUAGUCACGUAGGACUGGUGUUGAUGGAGACGGUUCUUCCACGGCUAGACGGUUGCUCAGCAGUGGAGCUGAUCCGGUCCAUGAACCGCCAGGUGCCAAUCAUCAUGAUCAAUGACGGCUCCGUAAACCCCAAACUGGAGUUUCUGCUGCAGAGCGGGUAUGUCAACGAGGUGUUGGCGCGGCCAUUCAACAAGGACGACUUUUUCAAGGCGGUCAGCCCUCACGUGAGCUUGGCGUCGUACUAG